AUGAAGGCCUUCAUUGUACUAGCACUCUGCUGUAGUUUUUUCUCUAGCAAAGCCAUUCCUCUUGCAUUUGAGUUUUCAGACUGUGAUGACCCUGAUGUCUUUAAAGCUGUUGAUGCAGCACUGAAGAAAUACAAUGAAGAUGAAGCAACUGGUACCCAAUUUGCUCUAUACGUGGUGAUGGAAGCCAAGAGAACUGCAGGUCCUGACCCACAGUUUUAUGUGAAAUACAGAAUACUUGAAAGCACUUGUGCCACUGAGGAAAACAAACACUGGCAACACUGUCAUUACAAAGUAUCUGCAGAGGCUAAAACAGGAGAAUGCACAGCUCGAGUUCAUAUGAAUGAUGCUGAUAAAACAACUAAUGUUUCACAAGAGUGCAGAAUUUUCUCAGAUGUGUCAAAGAUAAGACUUACUGAGGCUCCAUGUCUUGGAUGCUUUCAUCCUAUAUCAAGUGAUGGUUCAGAAGUGUCAGAAAUUCUGAAAAAAGCCAUUCAAAAGUUUAACAAGCACAGUGGUGAACCUGCCCUUUUUAAGCUUGCGGAAAUAAAAGAAGCUAAGAGACAGGUGGUAGCUGGAUGGAACUAUAUAAUUAGAUAUAAAAUUGAGGAGACUAAUUGCACCAAAGACCAAUUUCAAGAUUUAACUCCAGAAUGCAAAAUCACUUCUAGAGGUCGUGUAGCUAAAUGUGAGGCCAAAGCAUUUCAGAAUCUUCAUGCAGAGAUCGUAGAUACCAUCAGCGACUGCAAGCUUCCAGUUGAAGAAACAGUAGUUGCUGCCAUUUGCCCAGGUUGUCCAAAGACUAUCCCAACUGACAGUCCAGAACUGAAGGAGCUACUGAAGGUUUCUACAGAGAAGUAUAAUUCAGAGAGCAAUGAUGACUUCUACUAUAAAGGUGGAGAAAUACAAUCAGCGACAGUUCAGGUGGUUGCAGGAAAAAAGUAUCAAGUAAAAUUUACAGUCUGGAAGACAAACUGCUCUAAGAGUGAGUUUGAGAAACUUAAUGAAGACUGUACAGCCACAUCAGACAGUGCAUCACUGUCAUGCGAUGCACAAAUUCAUGUGAUCCCAUGGCAGAAUAAAAUCUAUCCCCAGGUGAACUGCACUGAAGAGCACCAAGUGGUGUUCUUUGCAAGGAGGCCUCCUGGAUUCACACCUUUCCGGAGCACUGUCAUGCUAAGCCAGCCACAAGCAGUUUCACAGGCUGAUAAAAAUGAAGGAGAAAGUGAAAGCCCUAGCACAGAAACAAGGAAAGACAAUGGACAGGAACCAGAAGGUGAAGGUGAACCUGAGCAUAAACACAGGCACAAGCACAGGCAUAAGCACAGGCAUGGAGUUAAAAAGGAUCAUGACAAAAGGCACAGGCAUGACAUUGGUUGUGGGCACAGAAGUGGCCAUGGGUGUGGGCAUAAAAAACACAGUAAGAAGAAUAAACAUAAACAUCCAAACCCCAAAUCUUCUGAGGAGUCAAAUGAAAGGGGUUUUAAUCAAAAUGAAACCUUCCCAUCAUCAUCCAGUGCUGAAAGUGCACUGGAGCUGGUUAGUACAGGGGUUGCAAGGGAGGAAACCAGUGGACCUGCAGAGCCACUAAUUGUUCCUGAUACUUCUUUAUUUAAUGGAUUGCCAGAUCGCCCAGAAUCUCCUGGCCCCAGAUGUCCUGGAAAACCAUGGAAACAACUUGUUGGCUUUCCAGCCCCUCCUAGCUUUCCCAGAGAAUUCACAAAUGAGGAUCUCUUGCCUUCUGCAGCAGGAAACAUCGAUCCAGCUACAGAAAACAACGAGAAAGACUUUGAUCUCACAGAUGCUUUAGCAUAAUUCAAACAUUGCAGGAUCCUUUUCAGAAAUGUUAUAUAGAAAAUAAGAAAAAUACUGCCUUUUGAAAUGUAUAAAAUGCAAAGAGGCAAAAGCUCAUAUUCUGUUAGCUGAAAUACUCAAGUAGGUCACCAGCACUUCUGGGGACCUAAGACCAUAUGGCAAUACUGUGCAUUUGCAUAUAUUUGCAAAUAUGUAAAUCUGUGUAACUCAUCUGCCUCAAUUUUCUAUAAGCACAAACUGAAUCACUGCAUCAAAUCUUACUGUAUUAUAUCUAAAAGAAUGGCAGAAAGAAUUUUGCAGAUUACACUAAGAAUCUCGACCAAAUAUGGGUAAAACAAGUCAAUAUAGAACAAGAGAGCCUCUCUUAGAUAUGUGAAAUAUUUUUUCUUUAAUUUACUGGAGUGGAUCAUUUAAAGAACAAAAUAAAACAAAGGAACCUUUUAACCUGGUAAUUGCUUUAAAGAAAUCAAUAUUGCUAUCAGUCUAUCACUAGUGGUUGAUGUGUUGGAUGAGAUAACAGGGACAGCUGAGAGAAUCCUAAAUAAAGCAGAUUUAUUAUUCCCUACACAUAUUAUGUUAACUACCUAGCGAAGCACCUUGAUUGCCAGAUUUUCAUUCAGCAGAGAUGAACAAAUCCUACAGAUCAGAUGACAAAAUCAUGAACUCUUGAGACGCCUAAAAUUUGUGUGCCUUCUUCCGUUAAUAGGUUGUGCAUCAUUUUGAGACUGGACUGAUUUUCCUGUUUGGGGUAUCUUCCAAAGGUUGAGUUUUUGGUGCAAUGCAUUAGCUAAAAAGCACCAGAUAUUUCUUGCAAAAUAAAAUGCUUUCCCUCUGUA